AUCACACCCGUAUGUGGUUCUUCGGCAAACUGUUACCACAAAGUUGGAAGCACACAAAUGUUUUGUGUAGCUUUACAACUUCCCUUCCCAACCCUAACCUGUUCCAGGAUGACAGUGCACCUGUGCACAAAGCAAGCUCCAUGAAGACAUGGUUUGUCAAGGAUGGUGUGGUAGAAGUAUUCGAGUGUCCUGCACAGUGCCCUGACCUCAGCCUCACUGAGCAUCUUUGGGAUGAAUUGGAACAUUGACUGCCAUCAGUGUCUGAUCUGAUCUCACAAAUACUCCUAUGGCUGAAUGGACAUAAAUCCUCUCAGGCGGCACAGCAAAGAAGGUUUGAGCCCAGGGGCCGACGGGGGCCUUUCUCUUCAUGUCUGCCUGGGUUUCCUCCAGGUGCUCUGAUUUCCUCCUACAGUCCAAAGACAUGCAGUUAAGCUAAUUGGCUACUCUAAAUUGUUCAUAAGUGUGAAUGGUUGGUUGUUUCCCAAGCGUUGGGAAAGCAAAUGGAAAGGUUGUGGCAGGAAGGGCAUCCAGUGUAAAACUAUGCUCCAUUUAAUGACAAUAGGGUUUGGAUGAAAUAUGGUGUACAGCUUUAGGUUCAAGUGAUUUUUGAUGUUGAUAAGAUAUGGCUUGGUGGAGGUAUGCGCUCUACCACCUGCCCUUCUAGUCUUGAACAUUGACUCAAGUGGCACAGUGGUGUAGUGGUUAGCACUGUCGCCCCACAGCAAGAAGGUUCUGGGUUCGAGCCCAGUGGCCCACAGGGGCCUUUCUGUGUGGCGUUUCCUCCAGGUGCUCCAGUUUCUCCCACAGUCCAAAGACAUGUAGGUUAGGUUAAUUGGUGGCUCUAAAUUGACCGUAGGUGUGAAAUGUGAGCGUGAAUGGUUGUCUGUGUCAGCCCUGUGAUGACCUGGCGACUUGUCCAGGGUGUACCCCGCCUCUCGCCCAUGGUCAGCUGGGAUAGGCUCCAGCUUGCCUGCGACCCUGUAGGACAGGAUAAGUGACUACAGAUAAUGGAUGGAUAGAAGAUAUGGCUUGGUGGAGGUAUGCACUCUACCACCUGCCCUUCGAGUCUUGAACGUUGACUCAAGCGGCACGGUGGUGUAGUGGUUUGCAUUGUCGCCUCACAGCAAGAAGGUUCUGGGUUCGAGCCCAGUAGCCGACGGGGGCUUUUCUGUGUGGAGUUUCCUCCGGGUGCUCCGGUUUCCCCCACAGUCCAAAGACAUGCAGGUUAGGUUAAUUGGUGGCUCUAAAUUGACCGUAGAUGUGAAAUGUGAGCGUGAAUGGUUGUCUGUGUCAGCCCUGUGAUGACCUGGCGACUUGUCCAGGGUGUACCCCGCCUCUCGCCCAUGGUCAGCUGGGAUAGGCUCCAGCUUGCCUGCAACCCUGUAGAACAGGAUAAAGCGGCUAGAGGUAAUGGAUGGAUGGAAGAUAUGGCUUGGUGGAGGUAUGCACUCUACCACCUGCCAGCAAGAAGGUUCUGGGUUCGAGGAGCCAGAAUUUGUGACUGCAUGGGUUUCCUGGCAAUAGUGCUGGACAAGGAAGAAGAAGAAUGACCUAAAUCAUCAUGGAAAGCCUUUCCAGAAGACUGGAGGUUGUUAUAAUAGAGAAUGAAAUGUUUAAAAAAAAAAGCAUAUGAGUAUCCAUAAUCUUUUCCCUCAUUCUAUCAUCUUCCUCUUUUGGGUUUAAUGGCGGUUGGAACGCCAGUUUAAAGGUGCAUUACCGCCACCUACCGGAUUGGAGUGUGGAACAGAAGACAUCUGUUGUUUCUCGGCUGACUGUGCUUGAAAUCAGCGCAUGCGCACAACCUGUUCGCGUUGGAUUCUGGGCAACGUAGUUUCAUAAUAGUGUUGAAAAUGGCGGACGUUCAGCCUCCGCCUUUCCGGAGCCUUGAUGAUUUUCUUUUCGGUUCGGCCCGAUUCUCUGUGCCAGAUGUCCGUAAUUUAGAGAAAUGGAACAACCGGAUCAUUAACAACUUGCUGUAUUACCAGACCAACUAUUUUGCCUCCAUUUUGGCUUUUCUGCUGAUGGUCGGGUAUUUCCGGCCCUUUCAGCUCUUCCUUGGAGCAGCUGUGGUGAUCUCAGUAUUUCUGGGCUUCGUCUGGGCCGCAGAGAACAAGGCUAUGGUGAGACGCUUCCGAAGGAACCAUCCUUCUCUCUGUCUGAUUGCCAUCUUAGGCUCCAGCUACUUUCUGCUGUCCAUCCUGGGAGGAGUGGCUAUCUUUCUCUUUGGCAUCACCUUCCCCAUUUUAAUGAUUCUGGUCCACGCAUCAGUAAGGCUACGGAGCUUAAAGAAUAAAGUGGAGAACAAGCUGGAGAGCAUUGGGCUGAAGAGAACUCCUAUGGGUCUGCUACUGGAGGCACUCGGCCAAGAGCAAGAGGCCGGCUCAUAGUGUUCGAUCCUGUCCCAAUGCAACCUUCCCUUAAGUCCUUGACACUAUAAGCAGUAUGGUUUUAAUAUUGUGCCAUUGUUUCUAUACACGAACACGAAGGACUCGGGGAAGAAGAAUAGGAAUAUGUACAGUUGAGUGCAAAAGUUUGCAUCCCCUAUGCUGUUUAACCGGAGGGGAACAAGGCAAAGUCAGCAGAAACAGUUUAACCAUAAGGUGGGAACUGUUAAACUUUUGAACGAGUAUAAUUUUCUUUUUUUUUUUUCUACUGUUUAUGUCUCAACAUGCACUCUUCGACUAUUUUUGUUACUUGUGACAAUGAAGGCGCAUCUGUGAAAUGAAAACACUCCGUAUUAGCUUAAAUUUCAGCAUUUCUCAUUUUAACUAAGGGUAUGCAAACUUUUUCCACUCAACUUUGUUUUAAUUGAAGUAUAAUUGAAUGAACGUCUACAGUGUACCUGAUUUUAACACCUUAGGUUUAUUGUAUUGAAAAUGGACAUUUCAAAUGUGUCUUUAGCCAUGCAUUGAAUCUGCCAAUUUUUGCUUUUGAAUGAUUUCUGUUCUUGUUGCACAUACACGCAUCAGUGCAUUACCUUUCUAAAUUUAUACCAACAUUCCCCAAGUAAUGAGGGCCUUGUUGAUUUCCUCACAUCGUUGAUGGUGACCAAUGCAUCACACAUUCUUAUAUUUAGAACAUAUUGUUUUGCUAAUCAUGCAUAGACACUUCAAUUAUUUAUAAGCUAUUUGAUUAAUUAAGGUAUAUUAAAGUGUGAACAAAAAUGGUGUAUGGAGAUUCCCACAAAUGACUGACUCAUUAUUGGGAUUAAACACUACGAAUGUUUAUAAUUUGAUCCUUUUGAGUUCUGUAGUUGUUCACAAAUUGACAAGUAUUAUGAGGCUGUAUUUGCACCGGCUAUUUGAAGUUUAUCUCAUUUUGCCAAAGUGUUAUUGAAUGUCGCAUUUUUCUUUCUUUGUUUUGUCAAUAAAACUGAUGAUUUUCUAACAAUUGCAA